GGGUAGGUACGGCGGCGCUGACCCAUUUGGCACCGCGGGGAAUACGAAUGGCGUACGCGCCGUCACCCUUAGUGGUACACUCCCAAAACUGCAGAGGACUCAACAUACCGGAGCGAGGGUCACACCUCUUGCGCAGUCUCAAACAACAACAUGUAUCAGUGGCAAUGCUCCAAGAAACGCAUCUCAGACCAGAAACAAACAAACUGCUCAAAGAUAAAACGUAUCCAACGAAUUACUAUAGUAACCACCCAACGGCACGCAAAGCUGGAACGGCAAUCCUCCUGGCAUCACACCUACAAUUCAAACCAAUAGACACGCUAUCGGAUGCGGGAGGCAGAUUCCUCUUCGUCAAGGGCGAGAUAGCACAGAAGGUCUAUACCUUUGCUACGGUAUACACACCCAACAGUGGCCAA